AUGUACUGUGCUACCCUGUGUUUCCAUAUACGGCCUAUUCCACCAAAAGGAAGGCCGACAUGUUCUCUUAUUUCAGGAAAGAUUCUUUUGUAUGUGGUAACUUUAGCGUCAGCCGUAAUCCCUGCUGCGGUUAUCUAUGUCAACGAUUUCCCACCUGGAUCGAUAAUAGGUGGUGAUGAAAACGUUGACAACUCGGGUUACCAAAAACUCGUGUACUACAAGCCGUGGUGCCGCAUGAGCGCCUACGUCGUAGGUAUCUGGGCCGGCUACAUCAUCUUUAAACAGGACUCAAAGAAACUCCACCUCUCGCCUAUGCAAGUGGUAUCGGGGUGGACAGUGGCCACAUUCUCGGCUUUGGCAGCGCUGCUCGGCAUGUGGAGUUACAACCAACUGUCAGUCGAGUUUGACUUCGACCCUGUGACCCAGGUCUUGUACGGCGGCCUCCACAGGGGCGUCUGGUGCGCAUCCCUGGCUUGGGUCGUGGUGGCUUGUCACUGUGGGUACGGAGGUGUAGUGAACGACUUCCUGUCUCAUCCCACGUGGCAGCCUCUCUCUCGCCUUACGUACAGCAUCUACCUCGUCGCUCUCCCUCUGCAACUUCUGGCAACGUUCAACCUUAAGGCGCUCGUUUACUUCUCGCACGUAGACAAGAUCAUCCACGCGUUGGGCGCCGUCUUCAUCUCGAUCGUGGCGGCCGUGUUGUUGUCCCUCACAGCCGAAGCUCCGAUCCUGGGUCUGGAGAAACUCAUUUUUAGAAGACCUGGUCGAGAGGAAGGCAAACCCAAACCACCUUCUCCAAAAGGCAAUAAGGGUCAGGAUAACCUCGCUUUCUCCAGCGAAAUGACCGAGAAAGUCGACGUCGAGGAAGAAAAUGUCAUAAUGGAGAGCGUGCAUAACACUGGCCCUGAGGCAUCGACCCUGAGAGAAGACGCAGUAACACAAUUUUAGGUCUUUCGUUGAGUUAUUAUCUUCAGUUGGGAUAUAUGAUGGCAUUUUUUGUUUCUUCUUUUAUAUUUUCUAUUUGGUUUGUUUUCGUUUAUAUAUA